CGCGGAGAGCCUCGGCCUGGCCGCGCAGCGCCCGCCGCCGCCGCCCCCUCCCCUCGGCACCCGCCCUCCCGCCGCCGCGACCCCCUCGGGGCCCGCCGCCCGGAGCCGCCGCCCGCGCCGCGAGCCGCCGCCGGAGGAUGCGCCGCACAACAGUGUUUUAAGAACAGAAGCAUCUGGGUUGAAUGGAAUUUAGCAUCAAAAAGAGUCCUCUUUCUGUUCAUAAAGUUGUAAAGUGCAUAAAGAUGAAGCAGGCGCCAGAAAUCCUUGGCAAUACAAAUGGGAAGACUCAGAACUGUGAGGUCAGUCGUGAGUGCUCUGUGUUUCUCAGCAAAGCACAGCUUUCUACCAGUCUGCAUGAGGGGGUCAUGCAAAAGUUUAAUGGCCAUGAUGCACUUCCCUUUAUUCCAACGGAGAAGCUGAAAGAUUUAACAUCCCGGGUGUUUAACGGAGAACCUGGUGCUCAUGAUGCCAAGCUGCGUUUUGAGUCUCAGGAAAUGAAAGGAAUUGGGACACCACCUAACACUACCACUAUCAAAAACGGCUCUCCAGAAAUUAAGCUGAAAAUCACCAAAACGUACAUGAAUGGGAAACCUCUUUUUGAAUCAUCCAUUUGUGGUGAUAGCGCUGCUGCUGUAUCCCAGACAGAAGACGGCAUACAAAAAACAGAAAACAAGGCGCGUAGGAACAGGAAGAGAAGCAUCAAGUAUGACUCCUUACUGGAACAGGGCCUUGUCGAAGCAGCUCUGGUAUCCAAGAUCUCCAGCCCCUCCGAUCAAAAGAUUCCGUCUAAGAAAGAGUCCUGUCUAAAUACUACAGGAGACAAAGACCACUUGUUGAAAUACAAUGUGGGUGAUUUGGUGUGGUCCAAAGUGUCCGGUUACCCUUGGUGGCCAUGCAUGGUUUCUGCAGACCCUCUCCUUCACAGCUACACCAAACUUAAAGGUCAGAAAAAGAGUGCCCGCCAGUAUCAUGUCCAGUUCUUCGGUGAUGCCCCAGAAAGAGCAUGGAUAUUUGAGAAGAGCCUGGUAGCUUUUGAAGGAGAAGGACAGUUUGAGAAAUUAUGCCAGGAGAGUGCCAAGCAGGCACCCACAAAAGCUGAGAAAAUUAAGCUCUUGAAACCUAUUUCAGGGAAAUUGAGGGCUCAGUGGGAAAUGGGCAUUGUCCAAGCUGAAGAAGCUGCCAGCAUGUCCGUAGAGGAGCGGAAAGCCAAGUUUACCUUCAUCUAUGUGGGAGACCAGCUUCAUCUUAACCCUCAUGUAGCUAAGGAGGCUGGCAUUGCUACAGAGUCUCCAGGAGGAAUGGUGGGGACCUCAGGAGGCAGCGAGGAAGCCUCUGAGGGGCCCAAAUCCCCAAGAGAAGAGGGCAUUCCCAUCAAGCGAAGGCGACGGGCCAAGUUGGCGAGUUGUGGUGAGAACCAUGAAACUGAGCCUGGGACAGUAAAGAGCACUCCUCAAAAGACGGCAGAGCUUGGUACCAAGAGAGGAGUCGGCUCUCCUCCUGGAAGGAAGAAGGCCCCAGCCUCUACUCCGAGAAGCAGAAAGGGAGAUGCAGCAUCCCAGUUUUUGGUCUUCUGUCAGAAGCACAGGGAUGAGGUGGUUGCAGAGCACCCAGAUGCCUCAGGCGAGGAGAUUGAAGAGUUGCUUGGCUCCCAGUGGAACAUGCUCAACGAGAAGCAGAAAGCGCGCUAUCAUACAAAGUUUGCCCUGAUGGCCUCUGCCCAGGCAGAAGAUGACUCUGGUAACUUAAAUGGGAAAAAAAGAAGUCACACCAAGAGGACACAGGACUUUGCAGAAGAUGUUGAAGUUGAGGAUGCACCGAGGAAAAGACUCAGAACUGACAAGCACAGUCUUCGGAAGAGAGAGAUCACUGACAAAAUGGCCAGAACAAGCUCUUGCAAGGCCAUAGAGGCCACCUCCUCCCUGAAGAGCCAGGCAGCAACGAAAAAUCUGUCUGAUGCAUGCAAACCACUGAAGAAGCGAAAUCGGGCUUCUGCUGCCGCACCUUCAGCUCUUGGGUUUAGCAAAAGUUCAUCUCCUUCUGCGUCGUUAACUGAGAAUGAGGUAUCGGACAGCCUGGGAGAUGAGCCCUUGGAGUCCCCAUAUGAGAGUGCGGACGAAGCACAGACGGAAGUGUCCAAAAAGUCUGAGCGAGGAGUGGCUGCCAAAAAGGAGUACGUGUGCCAGCUGUGUGAGAAGCCCGGCAGCCUCCUGCUCUGCGAGGGCCCGUGCUGUGGGGCAUUCCACCUCGCCUGCUUGGGCCUUUCUCGGCGGCCAGAAGGGAGGUUCACCUGCAGCGCCUGUGCUUCAGGGGUUCACUCAUGUUUCGUGUGUAAGGAGAGCCAGACCGACGUUAAGCGCUGUGUCGUCUCACAAUGCGGAAAGUUCUACCACGAAGCUUGUGUGAGAAAAUUCCCACUGACUGUGUUUGAGAGCCGAGGCUUCCGCUGUCCUCUGCACAGCUGUGUGAGCUGCCAUGCAUCCAACCCUUCCAACCCCAGACCAUCCAAAGGUAAAAUGAUGCGGUGUGUCCGCUGUCCCGUGGCCUAUCAUGGAGGGGAUGCUUGUCUGGCAGCGGGCUGCUCAGUGAUUGCUUCUAACAGCAUCAUCUGCACCAGCCACUUCACAGCCCGCAAGGGAAAAAGGCAUCAUGCCCAUGUCAAUGUGAGCUGGUGCUUUGUGUGCUCCAAAGGGGGCAGCCUCCUGUGCUGUGAGUCCUGCCCGGCAGCCUUCCACCCCGAUUGCCUGAACAUCGACAUGCCUGAUGGCAGCUGGUUCUGCAAUGACUGCAGGGCCGGGAAGAAGCUGCACUUCCAGGACAUCAUCUGGGUGAAGCUGGGCAACUACAGAUGGUGGCCGGCAGAAGUUUGCCAUCCCAAAAAUGUUCCCCCAAAUAUUCAGAAAAUGAAGCACGAGAUUGGAGAAUUCCCUGUGUUUUUCUUUGGGUCUAAAGAUUAUUAUUGGACGCAUCAGGCGCGAGUGUUCCCGUACAUGGAGGGGGACCGGGGCAGCCGCCACCAUGGGGUCCGAGGGAUCGGCAGAGUCUUCAAGAACGCACUGCAAGAAGCUGAGGCUCGCUUUCGAGAAGUCAAACUUCAGAGGGAAGCCAGAGAGACGCAGGAGAGUGAGCGCAAGCCCCCGCCAUACAAGCACAUUAAGGUGAAUAAGCCUUACGGGAAAGUCCAGAUCUACACCGCUGAUAUCUCGGAGAUCCCAAAGUGCAACUGCAAACCCACGGACGAGAGCCCCUGUGGCUUCGACUCGGAGUGUCUGAACCGGAUGCUGAUGUUCGAGUGCCACCCACAGGUGUGCCCUGCAGGGGAGUCCUGCCAGAACCAGUGCUUCACCAAGCGCCAGUACCCUGAGACCAAGAUCAUCAAGACCGAUGGCAAAGGGUGGGGCCUGGUUGCUAAGAGGGACAUCAGAAAGGGAGAGUUUGUGAAUGAGUAUGUCGGUGAGCUGAUUGACGAGGAAGAAUGUAUGGCAAGGAUCAAAUACGCACAUGAGAACGACAUCACCCACUUUUACAUGCUCACCAUAGACAAGGAUCGCAUCAUUGAUGCCGGCCCCAAAGGGAACUAUUCCCGGUUCAUGAAUCACAGCUGCCAACCCAACUGUGAGACCCUCAAGUGGACAGUGAAUGGUGACACUCGCGUGGGCCUGUUUGCUGUGUGUGACAUCCCCGCAGGAACUGAGCUGACGUUCAACUACAACCUUGACUGUCUGGGGAACGAAAAGACGGUCUGUCGGUGUGGGGCAUCCAACUGCAGCGGGUUCCUCGGGGACAGGCCAAAGACCUCAGCAGCCCUUUCUUCAGAGGAAAAGGGCAAAAAGACCAAGAAGAAAGCCAGGCGGCGACGGACAAAAGGUGAAGGCAAGAAAAAGUCCGAGGACGAGUGUUUUCGCUGUGGUGACGGGGGCCAGCUGGUGCUGUGUGACCGCAAGUUCUGCACCAAGGCCUACCACCUGUCCUGCCUGGGCCUGGGCAAGCGGCCCUUCGGGAAAUGGGAAUGUCCUUGGCAUCAUUGUGACGUCUGUGGCAAACCAUCGACUUCCUUUUGCCACUUUUGCCCCAAUUCGUUUUGCAAGGAGCACCAAGACGGGACAGCCUUUGUCUCAACCCAGGAUGGGCGUUCAUACUGCUGUGAGCAUGACUUGGGGGCAGACACAGUUCGAGGUGCCAAGACUGAGAAACCCUUUCCAGAGCCUGUGAAGGCCAAGGGGAAGAGGAAGAAAAGGAGGUGUUGGCGGAGGGUCACAGAAGGCAAAUAGCGCCUGGCUGGGCCGAUCAGGGGCGGUGUGGGUGGCCCGCCUGCCUUGUGGGCAGAGGCCCAGCUCCGCCUGCCUCCUAGGGGGCGCCUCCCCGCCACUGAGCCAUCAUCUGCAGCGCUGGCUGCGUCUGCACUGAAGACCCGUCUGAGCCGCGUGGUUGUGAACAUUCCAGGACACAGCAGCCUUGCUCGACAGCAUUACAGCUACACUUGAAGUCCUGCACAUCAAGGUUCCCCUGCUCCUUUCUUAGGUUCAAGUUAUGCUUGAAAAUUUACUGGCACAUGAGAUGUUUGCUCUCACCCUGGAGAGUGAGUGUGGGCUAGGAUUUCUUCCUAAGUGAUCACUGUUCUCUCCCUAAUCCCAGCUCAGUCAGCACUCAGGACAGACCAGGGGGUCCUGCCUCACAUCCUGCACUCCUUGGGUACCAUGUUUGGUUUUUUUUUGUUGUUGUUAUUCUGUUCUUAGGAAACAGCUGUUUGUCUUUGUACUAAUGUGAAGCUUCUCCUCAGACCGCUUCUCAUGGUGAGCGACCAGCUAGGGGCUGUGGCAGACGGAGACCAGUGAGCAGGCUCCAGCGUUCCCUGCCAGGCUUCCCGCUUGGUGCGGCUGAGCUCUGCUGCAGGCAGCUACCACCUUCACCUCCUCCCUGAACAGGCAUGGGCUGGUGUGUCUCUCUGAACCACGUUAGGUACUUCCCACCUUGCCUGGGGAAGGGAGGCCAGGUUUCCCGACUCUGACUUUUCUUUCCAGGCUUCUUUUAUCCCAGUAUAUUCUUGCUAAACUUCACAAAUGCCCCCAAUAGAAAUGUGUGUGCUGAUGUGACCCUAAUCUAAGCAAAAGUAGGGGACUCUGAAAGUGUGGCCCCCGGUGAACUGAUUUAAAGUGCUAACAGGGAAAAUGAUUAACUCCGCCUCAUGGCCACCCAGUAGUAGCAAUAGGUGCCACACUUGGUGAUCCAGAGUGUCUGGGGUAAAGUGCAGGUCUGAGGAGACCCACAGCUUAGAACUGGCCUUUUAAGGCCAUUUUCUCCUGCAUUGUGGGAAAAUAAGAAUCUCUGGUUGUAUGCAGGCCCUCCUGGGAGGAAACAGUUAUUCGUAGGCC